CCGAUCAUUAAGAAAAUUAAACUGUGACAUAAAUUCCCACAGGAGUUCGCAUUAAACUACUAAUAUGCACCUGAGACAUCCCCUUUUUUAAAAAAAUCAAAAACAAAAAUGAAGAACCCAAACGACGCAGUUUGGGUCUUCUUCUUCAUCGUCUUCUUCAUCUCCUGCCCAUCUCUAGCAGAUAUCUCAGGUUUCCAGCAAUGCAUGAUUCAUAAACUGGACAACCAAACCUCUGUUUCCGACACCAUUUUCACCUCAGACAGCUCUCUGUUCUUGCCGAUCCUCCGGUCACGCAUCCAAAACAGCCGGUUCAACACCUCCGACACUCCCAGACCGCUGAUCGUCGUGACGCCGCGGGAAGAAUCCGAGGUCCGGGCAGUGAUUCUUUGCGCGAAAGACCAGGACUUGCAGGUCCGGGUCCGGGGCGGGGGACAUGAUUACGAAGGACUUUCUUCCACGAGCUUUUUCGGGAGCCAGUUCUUGAUUCUUGAUCUGGUUAAUUUCCGGAAUGUCACGGUGGAUCCGUCGGAGAAGACGGCGUGGGUCGGCGGGGGGUCGACUCUGGGUGAACUGUACUAUGGGAUUUGGGAGAAGACCGGAGUUCUUGGUUUCCCGGCGGGGGUGUGUCCCUCCGUCGGAGUCGGCGGGCAUAUAAGCGGAGGCGGACACGGCCCAAUGUCGAGAAAGUACGGCCUUGCGGCGGACAACGUGAUCGACGCGCGUCUGGUGGACGCCGCCGGGAGGAUUCUGACCCGGAAAACGAUGGGGAAGGACCUGUUCUGGGCAAUCCGAGGCGGCGGAGGGAACACGUUCGGCGUCGUCCUCGGGUGGAAGCUCCGGCUUGUCGACGUGCCGGAAAUCGUCACCGUCUUCAGCGUCUCACGAAAUCUGGACCAAAACGCCACAGAUCUGGUCCACAAGUGGCAGAGACUCGCCCCGACGUUACCGGAGGAGAUCUUCAUCAGAGUGACGGCUCGCGGCGGGGAAGACAGAACAGUCUCAACAGAUUUCCUCUCCCUCUUCCUCGGACCACCGCACGAACUACUCCCGAUCAUGGACGAGAUGUUCCCGGAACUGCGACUAACCGGAGAAGACCUGGUAGAGACAAGCUGGGCAAGAUCCCUCCUUUACCUCAACGGGUUCCCGGGGGACACGCCGAUUCAAGCUCUGCUCAAUCCAGCCGCCAUUAAUGGCGGACGAAAGCCAUACAACUUCAAAUCAAAGUCCGAUUUCGUGAAGAACCCAAUACCCAGAACGGGGCUGGAAGGCGGGUGGAAUUUCCUCCGGGAGAACAACUCCGGCGUGAUCUCGAUGAACCCAUACGGAGGGAGAAUGGGGGAGAUCCAAGAAUCGUCGAUUCCAUUCCCGCACAGAGCCGGGAAUCUGUACAGCAUCGAGUAUUGGGCGGAUUGGAGUGAAGAGGGGAGAGAGGCAUUAGGGAUUCACAUGAGUUGGGCAAGAAGGGUUUAUGGGUAUUUCAGUCCAUUUGUUUCCAUGUCUCCAAGAGAAGCUUCCAUGAAUUGCAGGGAUCUUGACAUUGGGCCACACUAUGACAACAUGGACUACUCAUCAUCAAGCUAUGAAGAUGCCAAGUUUUGGGGAGUAAAAUAUUUCAAGAAGAAUUUUGACAAGUUGGUGAGGGUAAAGACCAAGGUUGACCCUCACAAUUUCUUUAGGAAUGAACAAAAUCAUCCAAAUUUUCACCAGUUGCAGCAAUCCGGCCUUCAUCAAGGCGGAGCCGGUGACGGUUGUGGCUUACUAGAAAAUCCGGAGCUUCCGAAUGGACUGACGACUCAACCGCCAUCUUUGGUGGGAGGCGGUCUCGGAUCGAUCCGGCCUGGCUCGAUGGUAGAUCGAGCCAGGCAGGCAAAGGUUCCGGUUCCGGAGGCCGGUUUGAAGUGUCCAAGGUGCGAAUCUACGCAUACCAAGUUUUGCUACUUCAACAACUACAGCCUCACGCAACCGCGACAUUUCUGUAAGACUUGUCGCCGGUACUGGACCCGGGGCGGGGCUUUGAGAAACGUCCCGGUCGGCGGAGGGUGCAGGAGGAACAAGAGAAGCAAGGUCGCGAAUAACAACGGCUCGAAGUCCAGCUCGUCAGCAGGAGCCGGCGGCGCUCCGAGCUUGGAGAAGAUGAAACCGGGGGCUGCAGAUGGCGACAACGGCGGUGGAGGCUCAACAUCGCCAUGCGUAAGCCCUAUAGACAUAGGCGGCGGACAUUACCCACAACUGGCACCGCCGACACACAUCACCGCCGCCCCUGCUUUUCAAAACGCGAACCAUUACGAAGGAAGCAGCAACGGGUUUCACCUGUCUCCGCUUGGGGUCACAAGCGGAGGCGGUGGUGGAGGAAUGGGGGAACUGGGUUUCCAGUUCCCCUAUUUAGGAGGAUAUCAUGAGCUCCUAGGUGGUUCUUCCCACUCAAACCUAUACCCUAACUUCCACAUGAUGAGUGAAGCAUCAGCUCCAAAGAUGGAGGAAAUGAGGCAAGGUUUGAAUUCAACAAAGCAUUUCUUAGGGACAUUGGAGAACAACAACAACAAUCACUAUUGGGGAUGGACCGGCUGCGGGGUCGGGUUUUCGAGCAUCAACGCGUCCUCUCCCACCACGCAUGACCUUCUAUGAUACGAUCAAAAUCGGGCACGCUCAUAUAUAGUUCGGAUCUUCUGUCACACUUUUCAUAUCUAAUGCGACUGUCACAUUUUUUUCAGGAGAAUAUCACAACAUGAGACAUGAAAAGUGGGAAAGAAGAUCAUUAAUAUUGUUUGACAUAAGUCUUCAUUAUGUUAUGUGUUAAGCCAUGGGAUUGAGAGUGCAUGUGUGUAGUGUAUCCUUCUAAACUCUAUCACUAUAUCUUAGUUUUAUUUGGUUUACUAUAUAAGGGAGUAAUUAUAUAUUUUCCUUUGUGAUAAUUAAUUAAUUAACAACGUUCAG